AUGAAUGAGAAAAAGAUAAGAGGCACUGUAGAUCAGAACAAGCUAAGGCAUAAAAUAGAAAUGAGAUAUAAAGCACCCGAGAAAGUAAAAUAUGAAUCUCCUGCACCUCCUAUAAACCGAAGCAUUGAGAUUAAAAAAGUUCUUAUUCGGCAUUAUAUGGACACCAUGCAGUCAAAAAGGAUUAACUUAGAUGAAUCGCAUAAAGUAUGUGGAUUCUGCCACACUAAAGAAACAAGUCUUUGGCGGCGCAUUGGGGACAUAAUAGUGUGCAAUGCAUGCGGGCUGUACUACAGAAUACAUGGAAAAAUACGGAAUAAAAACUUGACAAGGGGGAGAAAAACAAAGCAGAGUGCAGAGAAAAAUAAGGAGAAUGAAUAUACAGAGAAUGACUCGGUUGAAGAGUAG